UUCAGUAAUCUCCCAGUAGUAAAUUGGGGGUAGCAGGGACAUUCAGAACAGAGGGACACCGCGACCCCCCCUCCCGCGUGCCUGUGCUUCUCCAUGAGACCCCCCAGAGGACCCCUGCAUUGAGGGCGCGAUGGGUCGCACCUUGACGCCGCAGCACCUUGCAGGUCAAGUGCGGAGCUGACGUAGGUUGUGGAGGAUUUACUUUGGCGAGCAUCUACACACUUUGGACUCCGGGACCUUUCUUCUCCACUCUCGGAACCAUGAAGGAGAACCGGCAGCGCAGCACCGGAGACCCCUCAGCACAAUGACCCCUUAACCCCCCGCCGGUGGAGCCUGCAGCCACCCUCUCUUGACCCCUGGGGUCUCUCUAUUUGAGUCCUCCGAUGGACCGAGCUCCGUCGGCUCUGGCCGCGAAGAUGCGCUGGAUCACGCUGCUGCUCGCCGGGUUGACUUUCUGGGGGCAAGUGACUAUCGGAGACUGUUCCGACUACUACGAGGAGCCGGACUACGACUACUACGACGAGGACCGAGCGGAGAGCAUCGACUAUAAGGACCCGUGCAAAGCCGUGGUAUUCUGGGGCGAUAUUGCGUUGGACGAGGAAGACCUGCGCAUGUUCCAGAUCGACAGGACGAUAGACCUGACGCAACACACACACGUGCGCGCACACUCGCAGCACGGACACACGUCCGGUGGCCUGGAAGAACGUGAAGCUGCUCAGAAAAAGGGAUCGUUAUAUCUGCUACUUGAACGAAUACGUAGAUUUGGUCUAGACUAUUUACCAAAGAACUUUGGCAGAGGGUCUGCCGCAAGUCCGAAGAGCCAAACAGUAAAAAGUGUGAAGUCAAAGACUCGAAUUCCUCGAGCGGCCACAUCGCGAGCGGAGAGGAUUUGGCCCGGAGGAGUUAUUCCCUACGUAAUUGGAGGAAACUUCACUGGUAGCCAAAGAGCCAUGUUCAAGCAGGCCAUGCGUCACUGGGAGAAACAAACUUGCGUGACUUUUAUUGAGAAGACGGACGAGGAAAGCUACAUCGUGUUCACCUACCGGCCUUGUGGGUGUUGUUCCUAUGUGGGUCGCCGUGGCAACGGGCCUCAGGCCAUCUCCAUUGGCAAGAACUGUGACAAGUUUGGCAUCGUAGUGCAUGAACUGGGCCAUGUCAUUGGAUUCUGGCACGAGCAUACGCGGCCUGAUCGUGAUGAUCAUGUGACCAUCAUCCGAGAUAACAUCCAACCAGGUCAGGAGUAUAACUUCUUGAAGAUGGAGCCGGGGGAGGUGAACUCACUCGGGGAGCCUUAUGAUUUUGACAGCAUCAUGCACUACGCCAGGAACACCUUCUCAAGGGGGAUGUUUCUUGACACCAUCCUGCCAUCUAGAGAUGAAAACGGAGUCCGGCCUGCCAUCGGCCAGCGGACCAGACUCAGUAAAGGAGACAUUGCACAGGCAAGGAAGCUGUAUAGAUGUCCAGCAUGUGGAGAGACUCUUCAAGAGUCAACCGGGAACUUCUCAUCUCCUGGAUACCCAAAUGGUUAUCCCUCAUACACACACUGCGUCUGGAGAAUAUCUGUUACUCCUGGAGAGAAGAUCGUCCUCAACUUCACCACCAUGGAUCUGUAUAAGAGCAGCUUGUGUUGGUAUGACUACAUCGAGGUUCGGGACGGAUACUGGAGGAAAGCUCCACUGCUUGGUAGAUUUUGUGGAGACAAACUACCAGACGUUCUCAUCUCCACCGACAGCAGAAUGUGGAUUGAGUUUCGGAGCAGCAGCAACUGGGUGGGAAAAGGCUUUGCUGCCGUUUAUGAAGCGAUCUGUGGAGGUGAGAUCACCAAGGACUCGGGACAGAUCCAGUCCCCCAACUACCCAGACGACUACAGGCCUUCCAAAGAGUGUGUGUGGAGGAUCACAGUGUCUGAAGGAUACAACGUUGGACUCAGCUUCCAGGCCUUUGAGAUUGAACGGCACGACAGUUGUGCGUAUGACUAUCUGGAAGUUCGCGAUGGCCCGCUUGAGACAAGCCCUCUGAUUGGCCGCUUCUGCGGUUACGACAAACCCGAGGAUGUGCGCUCCACAUCGCACACACUGUGGAUGAAGUUCGUCUCGGACGGGACUGUGAACAAGGCCGGGUUUGCAGCCAACUUUUUCAAAGAGGAGGACGAGUGCUCCAAGCCUGACAAUGGUGGAUGUGAACAGCGGUGUGUAAACACUCUUGGCAGCUUCAAGUGUGCCUGCGACCCUGGCUAUGAACUUGCGUCGGACAAGAAGAGCUGUGAAGCGGCGUGUGGCGGUCUUAUCUCUAAACUCAACGGAACCAUAAGCACCCCCGGAUGGCCUAAAGAGUACCCGCCCAACAAGAACUGCGUGUGGCAGGUGGUCGCUCCCACUCAGUACCGCAUCUCCAUGCAGUUUGAGGCUUUCGAGCUAGAGGGCAACGAGGUGUGCAAGUACGACUACGUGGAGGUCCGCAGUGGCCUGUCUUCGGACUCUAAGCUGCAUGGUAAAUACUGUGGCACCGAGGUCCCGGAGGUCAUCACUUCUCAGUACAACAACAUGAGGAUUGAGUUCAAGUCUGACAACACCGUCUCCAAGAAAGGCUUCAAGGCUCACUUCUUCUCAGACAAAGACGAGUGCAGCAAGGACAACGGCGGCUGCCAGCACGAGUGCAUCAACACAGUGGGCUCGUACGUUUGUCAGUGUCGCCACGGCUUUGUGCUGCAUGAGAACAAACAUGACUGUAAGGAAGCCGAGUGUAAGCACAAGAUCCACAGCUCCAGUGGGACACUGAGCAGCCCGAACUGGCCAGACAAGUAUCCCAGCCGGAAGGAGUGCACCUGGGACAUCACAGCCACGCCGGGUCACCGAGUCAAAAUAACCUUCAGUGAGUUUGAAAUUGAGCAGCACCAAGAGUGUGCAUACGACCAUCUUGAGGCCUUCGAUGGGGACACUGACACAGCAGCUAUUUUGGGUCGACUAUGCGGCAGUAAGGUCCCGGAGGCGCUCAUCUCCACCACUAAUAAGAUGUACCUUCGCUUUAUCUCUGACGCUUCAGUGCAGAGGAAAGGCUUCCAGGCGAUGCACUCGACAGAAUGCGGAGGCCGUCUGAAAGCUGAGAUUCGGCAGAAGAAUCUCUACUCCCAUGCUCAGUUUGGGGACAACAACUACCCGGGGCACACUGACUGUGACUGGCUGAUCACGACGGAGCCGGGAUUCGGCAUCGAGCUGAGCUUCAUCACGUUUGAGGUAGAGGAGGAGGCCGACUGUGGGUAUGACUACAUCGAGCUGUACAACGGAUACGACACCAACUCACACAGACUCGGACGCUUCUGUGGUUCAGGGCCAAGAGAGGGAAUCUUCUCACCUGGAGAUGCUAUGCUGAUUCGUUUCCAUAGCGACGACACCAUCAGCAAGAAGGGCUUCCACAUCCGCUACUCAAGUACCAAGUUCCAGGAGAGCCUUCACAGCAGGAAAUGAACACAUACGGACAGCUCGCACCCGGACCUUCGCCAUGGCAAUGAGGAAAGGACGGCCGGUCCCCUCAACUCGGACGUGUGGAUGAUUGCCAAGCUCGUCCAGAUUCUUCUGUCUGAGUCACUGGUUAUUGCGCUCUGAGAGGAGACAGGAAAAAUAUCAACAUGGAGGGGAAAUACAUGCGGAUGGAGGCACUUGCCAUUUUCAUGGGAAAAAAAACUCUUGUUCAAGGACUGAUGUCAAGAGUGGAGUCCAACUAAUGGACAACAGAACUAUGUGCUUCUUUUGAGUCUGUGUCCAGGAUCAGGUAUUGAAGACAGCAGGUGGAUAUUUUUGUUGCCUUUGUUUGGGAACUGAACCCAGUAUAGAAUGGCUGCAGUUGAUUUGUCUUAUUGUAAAGCUCAUGUUGUUUGUGUUUAUUCUGUAUGUGUGUCUGUGUAUGUGUGUGAGUGCAAGACAAAGGAAAGGUUGUUCUGCUUAAUCUCAUGAAUAUGGUGGGUGAACUCCGAAGAGUUGUAAUGUAAAGCCUUGCCUCAUGUUGUGUAUCCGUGAGCGUGUACUGAAGUUUUACUUUACUUUGCCCCAGUUAUGAUGAGAUUUGUUUUUUUAAAGUGGAUAUCAGGAGGGAAAUCUCCACCCCAGUCAUGUGAAGAGAGAUUUCCAUGGUGCUAAACAAAAAAAAAAGUGAAUGACGGAUCACUGUGGAUGGAUCUUACUGGAGUCAUCAAGUCCUGUGGAACUACAUUCUUGCCUUAGAUACCAAAUGGACUCUGUCCGAGGUGUUGGCUCUUGAACCAGACUGUUUGGUUUAAACAUGGGGUGCAGUCGGCGUGUGAGGUGUCGUAUAGAUGGUGCAUGUGUGUUCGGAUGUUACUUCCAUAGAUUAGAGAUACACACUUUAAAAGCUCACACAUUGUAUGCACAUAUUCUCCCGAGCAUAAAGGUGAAGGUCUGAAUUAUUUGUGGACACAUAUUUUAUGGAAAAUUGCAGUAUAAUUAUGCGUGUCUUGAGUGUGAGUCGAGUCAUUCAUGGCUGUAUGUGCCAAGCUCCAGGUCACAAUAGUUCUGUUUCAUCACUCCAACACUGUGUCUGUAGUUCAAAGACACCGAGUCAAGUCCCCUGCAUUAAAGUACACAACGUUCACAUCACUUGGCUUUCAGUGAUUCUUCAUUGGAUUUUUCCAGGUGCACUGGAAUCUUGAAACCAAUAUGAUGAGUCACAAUAAUAAGUCAUAGCUGCAGAUGUCCCUGGCAUAGAAGGGGUUAAAAAUAUGACAACAAUAAUUUAAAGAUACAACUUAUAGAAAUAAUGCUAUCAGUUUAGAGUAGAUUUAUUUUCAUCUUUAAAUUAAUCUGACUACUGAAAGUUUUUAUUUUGGUAAUCCGUCGAACAGGGAACAUAACCAUUGCUGUACCACCUAUCAUACACCAGAGGGCGCCAUGUAUAUGUGUUGGCUUAAGUGCCUAGUAGGAUAAACAUAUAUGUUUGAUUAUUCUUUGAAAACGCAUGUUGCAGACCAGAAGUG